AUGGAAGGCGAGGAGAGAGCGGAGGAAGGGGGGGGUCGGAGGAGUUGGCCUGAGAGAGCUGAGAGAGGGCGUAGGACACGUGAACGGUGGGAGAUGAGGUUGGAGAAGCAGAUGCAGCCGCCUUGCUUGAUUCGGAGGAAGAGCGUGGAUCUAUGGCUCUGUGAGCACGUUGUCGGAGACAAUUCGAAGCUUCUUCUUCUUCAUUUUCAUGGUAGUCUCGGAAGGAGCUCCUGUGACAGUGAGUACAUUUUGCGAGCACGAAUAGUGUUUGAAUUUUGGCGCCACAGAAUACAAGAAGGCAAAGGAAGCAGAUGA